UGGUAACGUCACCAACAUCCAAGAUAACUCUCAUAUUAUGAUAAAGAUAAACGUACAAUUGAUAUCAUACCCAAUCAAUAAUCAUCAUUGAAUAAUUUACUUAUCAUAUUCACAGUUUUAUGUGUCUAUGAUCGUAUUGUUCUGAAAGGAGUGAACUAUUGACUAGUGAUUACUGGGUAUUGAGUAGUGAAUAUUGAAUGCUGAGUACUAACUGACUGCUUCUAUAUUAUUGUAAUAUUAUUCUAGUGAAACAUAAUGACGAAAGUUUCUUUUUCAACAUUGGCGUAUUGUAAGAUGGUCGCACAUGCUGCCAAAUAUCCUCACUGUGAGGUAAAUGGCCUGUUAAUCGCUGAUACACUUAAUAAAGGUGAUAAGUUGGUAAUUGUUGAUACUGUUCCAUUAUUCCAUCAAUGUCUCCAUGUUUCACCGAUGUCUGAGAUUGCUUUGAUGCAAAUUGAUCAAUCAGCUAGUACAUGCAACAUGUACAUUGCUGGUUACUAUUUAGCCAAUGAGACAUUAGACGAUUUAAGUUAUGAUAAACCCGCUCAUAAAAUUAUGGACAAGAUAGCUGAACAUGAGACAGAUGUCUGUAUGGUUGUGAUCAACAAUCGACUUAUGGAAUUAAAUCAAAAAGAAAGUGCUUUAAUAGUACACACACAAGAUGAUGGAAAAUGGAAAAGUUUAAACAACUCCAAUAUCCAAAUAGAAAAUGUUACUUUAGCUGCGGCAUCUGCUGUAUUACAACAACAGUUAUACAAUAAUUUGAUAGAUUUUGACAAUCAUUUGGAUAAUUUAUCAUUAGAUUGGCUUAAUACAGAAUUUUCCAAUUGGGUGGAAAAAACAUCUGGACACGACACUGGACGAAGAUUGGUGAUUAAUAAAUCAGUUUCUUGACAAUUGGAUUGGGAUGAAGGGAUGAAACAAAUAAAAUUCUGAUAUAUUUAUUUUUGAUUGAGUAUUUAGAAAUUUAAUUUUAUCGUUAAUCUAUGAUAAUUAGUGUUCAAUUGAUUGUUUAUUAUUUAAAAUGGAAAUUAUACAAAUUUUACUGUCUUAAAAUCUUC